AUGAAAAUCGCAGGUUUAAUUCGUCAAUCUGGUGACUUGUCUAAUGUUCCUUAUGCAGAGCCCAGUUAUUGGAUGGGAUUUAAAGCGCUUAUUACAAGUACUGAAAGCCAUACUAAUUUUCGUAAAGCUAUUCGUGCUAUCUAUGAUGAAAUUAAACCAGAAGCAAUUUUAUCUGAAGAUUCGGGAGCAUAUCCUACUAAGGAACUUUAUGCAAAAUUAGGUGAGGAAGGUGUAUUGGCAAGUCAAAUUGGUCCUGGACCUUGGCUUAAAGGUCUUAAAUUACCUGGAGCAGGUUGGAACCCUGGAUUUGCGGAUGGUAUUUCAUCAGGUUAUAGUAUUGCUAUUACAGAACCUUAUGCAGGUUCUGAUGUCGCUCGUAUUCGAACAACAGCCACUCGACCCCUGAUGUACCUGCUGAAUAUUCUUGGUAAGGAAGGAAAGGGCUUCAGGUAUCAUGUUAAUUUUAACCAUGAACGUUGGUAUAUUUGUUGUGCUGUAAUCGGAGCUUCUCGUGCUGUUGUAGAGGUUGUUUUAAAUGGGCUAAUCACAAAACAUCAUUAUCAAAUGUGUAAUAUGUCUUAUAUGGAACAGUCUGUUAAAUUGGCAGGUCGUGCUAUCACAAAGACAGGUAUGGGUCGUAUGAUUGAGCCUUCCAAAGAACAAGAAAUUAUGGCUGAUCUUGGUAUUCGUCAAGCUAUGAAAGCCUUCCCUACUGGUGCUAAGCUUUAA